AUGAUGGUUGUUCCAGAUUCAAAGCGAAACAGUUUGUUAUUAAGUCUAAAGUAUAGCAAUGGUAGCUUUUCUUCAACCACAAGUACUUCCACGACAAACUCUGUAUCGAGUAGAUGUCUGUCCAUAAAAAGAAAAUACAGUACUAGACUUGCGCUGGUGAAACACAAGUGCGCUACAAUAAAGCUCAAAUUGAAAAGAAACUCAUCAUACAUCAAGCAUAGAGAUCGAGAUAUCAAGGACUACGAUUCUGAUGAAGUCACCAUCGUUGCCAGGUAUUCUGACGACAAGUUCCAAACGACACACAACAUUCCUGGAUGCCCCACAGAGAAAUUAUCAUUAGAUGAGUUAGCAGAUUCUACUUUGAAUGCAGUAUGCUAUCGGGUGACCGGUAACAAAAAACCGUUCUAUUUCGAAUGCACUACAGAAGUUGAAGAACUAGAGUGUUCACAAAUCAUCACGUCAGAACUUCCACUACCACUUCCACCACCAACAGCAGAUAAUUCGCUUGUUGAGUCCUGGGAAAAGUACUGCCAGGACUAUGAACCACCAGAGCAGACAGCUAUACAAUUAUCUCCAUCGGCACCGCGCUCACCUCCUCGUACACCACCUCCAAAGUACCAACCAAGAAGCAUUCCAUCAUCUAUUAAAUACAAAUCUCAACUCAACGAGUACUUGAAGGAAUCAUCGCAACCAUAUUCAAGUUUAUCCAGAUACUACUUGAAUCUACAUAAUAGUUUUGCCAAUUAUCAUUUCCUUGGACAUCAAGACGGAACCUAUAAAUGUAGUAAUUACGAGAUGUUACAACCUAUACUUGAAGAGAACAACAAGUCUACCAGAGUAUACAAAAAGUACUUGUAUUACAUUCUUAUUUUUUAUAUUUCUUUUGCUUUCUUACGUAGCUUGAUUUAA